AUGUCAUAUAAAAUUUCACUAGUUGGUCUAGAGGGUAGUGGAAAAACCACAUUAGCUAAAGUUUUGAAUGAUUAGCAUUAAAUAAAUAAUUUACCUUUAGAAGUCAAUGAAGAUAUGCCAAAUUCAGAUGUGAUGAUCUUCUGUUUAGAUGGAAGUAACAUACAACAGUUGCAUCAUAAUAAGGCAGCAUUAGAGUAAAUAAAUGGAAAGGAAUAAUUAAUUAUAUUACAAACUAAAGCAGACAUUCAAACUAUUGAAGAAGGAGAAUUGAGAAACUUUUUAGGGGUAGGUGAAGUUCCAAUCUUGUCAAUAUCUGCUUUAGAUGGUGGUGGAUUACCUUAAUUAAUUACUUUUUUAAGUUAGUAGAUAUAACCAACAUAACAAAACUUUUCAGCUGAACCAAGAGUAGUGCCAAGUAGAGGAAAAUAUAGAAUAAAUGAAUAAAAUUAAAUAUCAAAGCCAAUGUAAACAUUUUAAAAUUUGAUGAAGGAUCACGUAUGUAUGAAUUUAAAUUUUAGAAGAUUAAGCAACGAACUCCAAUGGAAUAGGAAUAAGAAUAUAUACGUUUAGAAAAAGAACGUAUUAAAGUAGAGAAUAUGUCAGCUUAAUUAAAUAAUUUUAAAAGAAAAAUAAAAAAAGAAGGUAAAAAUACUUAUAUUAAAUAAUAGAUACUUAUGAUAUCAAAGCUACAGCAAAUCCAAGAAUAUAGGUAAAUUUGGAAUUCUUUUUAACAGAUACUCUAGCUUAAUGUGAAUAAUAAAAGAAUACUUUAUAUACUUAAACUGAUAAAUUACUUAAGAAACCAGAAGAUCCUCCUUUCAUUCCUAAAAAAACGGGAAUUGAUGCUGCCACAUAAGUAGAAGACUAUGAAUUAUUUGAUUUUGAUAGAGAAGUGACUCCAAUUUUGAAUGUUAUAUGCACAAAGACUUUAGAAUAAGCAUGUUUAGAGAUAGAAUAAGAAGAAGAGUUUAUGGCAAUGUAUAGAUUUAAGGAAGCAUUUGAGAAACGAAGAGCUAAUGAAAAGAAUAAGUAACGUGUAACAGUAGAAAGAGAGAAAUAGUUGAUAGAUUAAAAGAAUGAUGUGUUAAAAAAGUAUUCAGAGAAAUAAAAGAUAAUGUAGAAAGUGAUUUUAAAGGCUUAAGCACAUGCAAUAGCAAAAGAAUAUUUAAAACCAUUAUAAGGAUAGAUGAUGUAAUAAGUGAUUACAAGUGGGUUUUAUCCAAAUGAGUUUAUGAAUGAAUUAUAAUCUAAAUUUAUGGAUUAUUUAGUAGGGAAGACUUAAGAGGAAGUAAUGAGACUUGUAGAUUUAAAUAAUUAAAUGAAGACAGCUUUUAAUGUUAAAAAUUUUGAGGAAAUUCCUAAAGUUAGAAAACCAUUUGAUUAAUAAAUAUAGAAGAAGAAAUAGAGAUAGAGUAUGAGAAUGAUUAAUUAUUCAAAUAAGAGAGCAAUUAGAAUAUUUUAUUAGGACUUAGUUCCAUUAUAGAGUGUUAUUUCAAUGACAUUGGGUAAAUUCUUAGAUGGUUAAUUUGAUGAAUGGAAAAAGACAUAUGAUUAGAGAGUUGGAGAAUUAGAAUAGAAGCUUGAGAGUAAUGAAAUAAAUGAGGAAGAUUUUGCAAAUUAAAAGAGAGGUGAAUAUCCUGAUUUAUAGGAAGGAUACUUUGGAGCAUCAGUUAAUAAUUUUAAUAGAUUAGGAUUUUCAAUGGCUCAUGAUUAAUAUUAUUUAAGUAGUGAUAAAAGAUUAUAAAUAAUUGCUUUUGUCCUAAGAAAAGAUGGAACAUAUGAAAUAGUGAAUAAAGAAUCAAAGAAUUAUGGUAAAAUAUUUAAAUGGAAACAAUUUAGAUUACCAAUUAAAUAAACAGAUGAUGAGAUUCUAUUAUUAAGAUUAUAAGAGAUAGAUUCUGAAAUAAUAGCAAUAGUAUUUGGAUUGUUAUUACCUAAUUUAUAAAAUAAUAUAAAGGCUUUAGAAUGGGUAUAGAAUGCAAGAUUUGGUUUGUAUGAUGCAUAAUAUUGUAUUCCAUUUGCUCAAACCAAUGUAAAUAAGGCAUUUAAAUUAGAAGAAUUAGUAAAAUAAGUAGAAGAUCCAGAAUUUGCUGAAGCCCCUUAAACAGUAUUUAUGAGUUGUUUUACUUUAAUUAAACGGUUUAAAUAAUUUGGUGGUUGGUAUAUAGAAAAUACUCAAUAUGCUACAAAAGGUAUGCUGAAUUAAGAAAUUGAACCAUUUUAUGAGAAACUUUCUUAAUUUUUACUAGAGAUGCACGAAUUUACAUUAGAAAGAGAUAGAGAUAUCUUAUCUGUAAUUUAAGAAAAAGAGAAAGAAAAGGAUGCUGUAUUAAGUGUCCCUGAAUUAUAAAUGAGUACUAUAAUUUCUUAUUAUUUAAUAGUUAUUACUAAAUCAAAAAUACCAUAAUCCAAAAAAAUGCCUACAGAACCUAAUGUUACUGAUUCUGCUCUUCCAUCUUCUAGACCUCUUGAAGAACCAUCAGAUUAUAAUAAAUCUUAAUUUAAUUCAAUUAUUAUAGAACCUAUAAUAUUGGAUAUGAAUGAUUCAUUUGAAACAGUUGAAUAACAAUUGAUUAAUCAUCUCAAUAAUGUUGCAUCAAGAUUAGUGAAAAGUUGUACUUGGGGAUUCGAAUUGAAAGCCAGGGGUAAUCCGUUACUUAGAGUAAAAUAAUUAAUUAGGGUAUAUAUUUAUAUUAUAAUACAAAUCUUUAGAUUAGAAAUGUUGGAGAUAUGACUAUUAUAAGAAAGGCAGAACCUCCCAAGGAAGAAGUUCCAGUACAAUUAGAAGAGAAUAAGGAUAAUGAUGAUAUUGAUAAUGAUUCCUGA